AUUUCUUUAGAAUGUGGGGUUUUGGUAAACAGCACAUUGAAAAGUCCGGGAUAUCCAUUUAGAUAUCCAGCAGAUAUGGAUUGUGAAUACUUUGUUCCUAUUCCACCCGGAGGGCCAAUGGAAAUAUAUUUCGUUGACUUUGAUGUGGAGUUUGACCCAUCAUGCAGGUAAGAUAGUCCUCUCUGCCACGAAUUGAUUAUUUUUUUCAUUGUUGGCAGCCGGUCCAAGAGUUCUGUGUCUGCUAUUAUGUUUUGCAUGCUACUCUUGCAAAAUAAGCUUAAUAAAAAAUUCAAAGUAGGGCAGAUGAUUUAGUUGAAGCAAACUUUACAACACUCGUCCAAAAAAUGCAAGGAAAACUUCCUUCAAACCUUCGUAUCAUUAGACAGGAAAAUAUUUCGUCAUUUCCGUUGCUUUCUCUAUACGUGACCCUCCACGGGAUUUCAGGGAAUAAGGUGAACGCACGCACACGGCACGUUAUGACACGCUCGCACGCUAAUGGCAUAACACGCUUACCGUGCAGAUAUGCGCAUAAAAAAAAUUGAUUUUAGAAAGUGCGUUGUUCAGAUCUGGCUAACACGGUAUAGAACUUUGUUAUUACAACACGCUAGUGUUGUGUCCGUUUUAUAAAGGAAGUUUGACUCGCUAUGUUUGAGCGAGCAGUGGAAUCAGAUAGCCGCUCGCAUUAACACAAAAUGUAGAGGAAAGAGGAGGACUCUUAUUCACAGACUUACGAAAACUAGUUUGUUUCGAAAACACUGAGAUAGCACAAUUAGUCUAUCAUUUAACAUGAAAACAUUAUGGGUCGGUUAAUUGAACAGAGUUUAGCCAUUGUUCAACAAAACUGCGUUCUGAGUUAUUUUGAUUUUAGCUAAUCCUCGUAAGCCUUGCUAAUUAUUAAGAGAAUAAAGAGGGCAUGAAACGCAAACUAGAAAUUCAUUUAUGUGCCCAAAAUAAUGCAUUUAUAAAAAUGUUAGGUGGCGAAGAUUGAAGAUUAAUUAUAGUCAAGUAAACUCGAUCAUGGAUAACAUGUUUUUCUGUGAAAAAAUCUUCAAUUAAUAUUUUCCUCAUUAGUUAUGACAUAGUGAAGAUUGCUAAUGAUCAGAACUAUACCCUUGGUGAAUACUGUGGUCGGAGGACUGGGCAGACAGUUGCAGUUUAUGGAAACUUCGCCUCGAUAACAUUCCACACAGACUCCUCUGUCGGAAAAAGAGGAUUCUUCUUCCGUUUCAAAACGGUUCCAGCAGGUUUGUAUAGUUCUUAG